AUGGCCUUAAUCAAGAGGUACGGCCUAUACACGGCUAUUGCAGCCUUUUUCCUUUACAUGCUCUACUCUUUGAGCUUCCCGUACGACACUAGCCCACCGCCGAAAGAUGGCAAGAAAGGCGAGCCUAAGAAGCCGGACAAACCGAAACAGAAACCGCCGCUCAAGUCCUACGACUGGGCCAAGGUCGCUAUGAACUAUCCCGUUGCGACUUCGGAAAUGGCGCAGCUGCCUACGAGCGAACCGACCCCUCUGCCACGGAUACAGCACAAGUUCGAAGACGAGGACGUCAUAUCGAAGAACAUACGGGAGACGAGGCAAGAAGAGGUCAAGAAGCAGUUUAUGAAAUGCUGGAGGAAUUACAGAAAGAAGGCGUGGAUGCACGAUGAACUGAAGCCUAUAUCUGGCGGGUCGGAGGACCCGUUCGGCGGCUGGGCAGCUACGAUGAUCGAUGCACUGGAUACAUUAUACAUAAUGGGCUUCAAGGAAGAAUUCACAAGCGCUAUCAAGGAUGUCGAGAAGAUCAAUUUUGGAUACACGCCGCUGGAGAAGGUCAAUAUGUUUGAGACGAAUAUCAGGCACUUGGGUGGGCUAUUGGCGGCAUAUGAAUUGAGUGGGGAUGAGAGGCUGCUCAAGAAGGCGAAAGAGGUUGGCGAGAUGCUGUAUCAUGCGUUCGACACGCCGAACCAUAUGCCCAUUACACGCUGGGAUUUCCACAACGCUGGCGAGGGGGAGAAGCAGUCCGCUGAUGAGACCGUCUUGCUCGCGGAACUUGGAUCUUUUACCAUGGAGUUCACGCGCCUUUCGCAGCUCACCGGAGACCCGAAAUGGUACGAUGCCGCCAACCGCGUCACCGCGCUGCUAAACAAGCAGCAAAUGGGCACAAAGCUGCCCGGCAUGUGGCCCAUCGUUGUCAACGCCAGGAAGCCCGACCUGACCAAGGACUCUGGCUUCACGCUUGCCUCGAUGGCGGACAGCACGUACGAGUACUUCUCCAAGACGUUCGCUCUCCUCGGAGGCCUCGAGCCGGUAUAUAAGAAGCUGUACGAGAAGGCCAUGGAAACCGCAAUCAAGCACACGCUCUACCGGCCCAUGACGCCCGAGAACACCGACAUGUUAGGUACUGGCUUCGUACGCGCCGAAGGCUCCACCGCGCAUUUGAACCCUGAACUACAGCAUCUGUCCUGCUACGCAGGAGGCAUGUUUGCGCUUGGAGGGAAGCUCUUCGAGCAGCCUGAGCACGUCACAGUCGGCCGCAAACUAACCGACACCUGCGUCUGGGCGUACAAAGCCUCGCCUGCAGGCAUAAUGCCCGAAGUGUCGCACCUGUACAAGUGCCCCAACAUGACGGAGUGCACGUGGAGCGAGCAGGUGUGGAAAGAGGAAGUUGCGAAAAGGGCCGAUCUAGACAAUACCCAGGAUCCCUUGAAGAACAUCGCAAACCUGCGGUUACCAAAAGGCUUCACGUCAAUUGAUGAUAGGCGGUAUAUACUGAGACCGGAGGCGAUCGAGAGCGUGUUCAUAAUGUACAGAAUUACCGGCGAGCAGAGCUGGCAGGCCGCCGCGUGGGAUAUGUGGACGGCGAUUCAGAGCGCCACGGAUACGGAUAUUGGGAAUUCGGCGCUGUUGGACGUUAGUGCGGAAAAGCCGCCCAGGCAGGAUUCCAUGGAGAGUUUCUGGAUGGCCGAAACGCUCAAGUAUUUCUACCUCAUCUUCAGCCCGCCCAACACAAUCAGUCUGGACGAUUUCGUCUUCAAUACGGAAGCGCAUCCGUUCAAGAUACCGAAGCCGAAGCCACAAUGA